GCGGGGCGCGACACCCCCGGCCCCGUCCUGCGGCGGGACCCCGAGCCCGCCCCCGCCGCCCGGCCCCGGCCGCGGCCCCUUCCCCGGGGCGGAGAGAGGCGGGGCCGGGCUCCGCGGGGCUGGCGGCGAGAGCUGGGUGCCGCGGGCAGCCGAGCAGCGAGGGCGAGCGGCAGCGCCGGGGCUGCUGUGCGGCAGGGCCGCGGCGGGUCAUGGCCCGGCUGUAGGCAGGCAGCGCUCCGCUCCCGGCGGCGGCCCCGCCGCGCCCCCCGCGUCCUAUGAGAGCCGCCCCGGCGCCAAGAUGAAAGACGACUUUGCAGAGGAGGAGGAGGUGCAGUCCUUCGGCUACAAGAGGUUUGGUAUUCAGGAGGGGAGCCAAUGUACCAAGUGCAAAAAUAACUGGGCACUGAAGUUCUCCAUCAUCUUAUUAUACAUUUUAUGUGCCCUGUUAACAAUCACAGUAGCCAUUCUGGGAUACAAAGUUGUAGAAAAAAUGGACAAUGUGACAGGUGGCCUGGAAACAUCCCACAGAAGAUACACAGAAAAGCUCACAGAAGUGGAGAGCGAUCUGAAGAAAUUAGAUGACCAAGCUGGACAAAAAGCCUUGAAUACUAACACGGAACUGUCCAGCUUCAGAUCUGAUAUUCUGGCUCUUCGUCAGCAGCUUCAUGACAUUUCAGAGAAAACUAGCAGAAACAAAGACACACUGGAGAAGCUGCAAGAGUCUGGGAAAUUAUUAGAAGAUAGACAGAAUCAAAUGAAAAGUGCCUUAGAUAGUAACUCUUUCACGAUCAUCAGUGUCAAUAAGACUCUUCAGGCAUAUACUGGCUAUAUCAACAAUCUCCAACAAGACACAAGUAAUAUACAAGCAAACCUGCAAAGCCAAGAGCAUUCUUAUAACGUGGUCAUGAUGAGCCUUAACAACUUAAACCUGACUCAAAUACAGCAAAGAAAUCUUAUCAGUGUCUUACAGAAGUCAGUGGAAGAUACAAGCUCGGCUAUUCUAAGAAUCAAGAAUGACUUUCAAAAUCUGCAGCAGGUUGUCCUUCAGGCCCGGAAGGACACUGACUGGCUUAAGGAGAAAGUACACAAUUUACAGGCUGUGACUGCCAACAACUCAGCAAUGACAAAAGCCAACAAUGAUACCCUUGAAGACAUGAACAGUCAGCUCAGCUCCUUCAGUGGGCAGAUGGAGAACAUCACCACAAUUGCCCAAGCCAAUGAACAAAGUCUAAAGGAUCUCCAGGAACAGCAUAAAGGAGAUGAAAACAGAACUGCUGCCAAAUUCAGCCAUCUAGAAGAAAGGUUCCAGGUCUUUGAAACCGAUAUAGUGAAUAUCAUCAGCAACAUCAGCUACACUGCUCAUCACCUACGGACACUGACGAGCAAUCUCAAUGAAGUCAGGACAACUUGCACGGACACCUUAAGUAAACACUCAGAUGAGCUGAUUUUUAUGAACAGCACGCUAGCCAAUAUUCGCAUAGACUCUGCAUCUCUCAAAGUGCAACAGGAUUUGAUGAGGUCAAGGUUAGACGUUGAAGUUGCCAAUUUGUCAGUAAUCAUGGAAGAAAUGAAGCUGGUGGAUUCCAAGCAUGGCCAGCUCAUCAAGAACUUCACUAUCCUACAAGGCCCUCCUGGUCCAAGGGGACCUAAAGGUGACAGAGGCCCUCAAGGUCCUCUUGGCCCCGCUGGCCUAAAAGGACAAAAAGGAGAGAAAGGAGAGCCUGGACCACCAGGACCUGCAGGUGAGAAGGGCCCACCUGGGCCAGCCGGGCCACCAGGAGAAAAAGGAGGGAAAGGUUCAAGAGGAUCGCCUGGCUCCAAAGGUCAGAGAGGUUCUCCUGGCAAGACCGGUCUGCCUGGACCAAAUGGCGACCCAGGGCCACCAGGGCCACCUGGCAAGGAUGGUCCGCCAGGGCCCCAGGGCCCACCUGGAUUUCAAGGUUUGCAAGGAACUGUGGGAAGCCCAGGGCUACCAGGACCGCGAGGAAUAACUGGACUCCCUGGGGUCCCUGGGCUGCCCGGCCCAAAGGGCCCACCUGGCCCACCAGGGCCACCAGGUCCAGGGAUGCCCAUGGCACUACAGAGUCAACCUACGCCCGUGCCCGAGGCUAAUGGUUGUUCACCCCGCUGGAAGAACUAUACGGAAAAGUGCUACUACUUUUCCACUGAAAGAGAAAUUUUUGAAGACGCGAAGUUAUUCUGUGAAGAGAAAGCAUCGCGCUUGGUUAUCAUCAACAACAAAGAGGAGCAGCAAUGGCUAAAAAGGCAGAUUAUUGGGAAAGGCAGCUUCUGGAUUGGACUAACAGAUUCAGAGAAGGAAAAUGAAUGGAGAUGGUUGGAUGGAUCCUUACCAGUUUACACAAACUGGAAACCUGGGCAGCCUGAUAACUGGGAUCACGAGCACGGGCCAGGGGAAGAUUGCGCUGGGUUGAUCUAUGCUGGGCUCUGGAAUGACUUCUACUGUGAAGAUAUUAACAAUUUCAUUUGUGAAAAAGACAUGGACAAAGAGCAAGUUCUUGGAGUGUAAUAGGCUGUAACUUUACAGAUACCUUCAUAUUAAGGAAAUUUAUGUAAAGAAGAAGAAAAUCCUGGGAAAGCACAACACUGACUUCCAAAAUUGAAAAAAAUAUAUGAAAACAGAAAAAACAAGCACUGAAAACUGAUUUAAAAGCAUCAAGGAAUUCAAAGCAUCAAGAGCAAUAACUCUUCUCCAGUAUCCUGUAAUUAUUUAAGGCCUUUCGACCCUCAGCAUCAGGAAAUACUGUUGGACUAACUCUGUUUUAGAUUUUCUUCCCAACCGAUAACCACAUCCAUAAGCAGCUUGUGUCUUCUGAGAAAAGACAUUCUUUCAAUCUGAGUAAGACUGUUGGUCACUCAUAUAGAAAAACAUAUAAAGCAACUGUGUAAACAGUUGCUUAAUUUGCUAAAAUCCCAAAUGUAGGAAAAUUAUACAGAUACACGAAUAUAUAGAUUUUAUAUAAAUAUAUAUAUAUAGUCCAACUCUUAUCAGUAAUAUGGAAUAUACUUUUAAGAGCUUUUAAAACUUUGUAUUUUUGUACAAAAUAUUUGCUUUUUACAAUUGUUCUCUUUUUUACUGACUUUUUUUACAAAUAUAGUGCACAGGGGCCAAAGAAAACAAUAAAGGUACUAAUAAUUCAUUAAGGUUUGCUGUCAGGCCUAGCUCAGCUAUAGAGAAAUAUUUUUCCAGUUAGAAAUAUUUUUACUUUCCCAGAUGAUUUGUUCUGGUUAAAUAACUUUUAAAGCAGAUUUUAGAUAGUGUUUUCCUUACUGUAUGCAGUCUAGUCUGCAUGUGUAACAAUUAAGUUGACUAAGCACUAGAUACUCAUUAUAGCUCUGAUCACAGCCAGUGUUUCAUCGGGGUACUAUGGAAAGACCAUUUUAAUAAAAGCUCUCCCUCCCUCCCUCCCUCCCUCCCUCCCUCCCUCCCUCCCUCCCUCCCUCCUUCCCUCCCUCCCUCCCUCCCUCCCUCCCUCCCUCCCUCCCUCCCUUCCUUCCUUCCUUCCUUCCUUCCUUCCUUCCUUCCUUCCUUCCUUCCUUCCUUCCUUCCUUCCUUCCUUCCUUCCUUCCUUCCUUCCUUCCUUCCUUCCUUCCUUCCUUCCUUCCUUCCUUCCUUCCUUCCUUCCUUCCUUCCUUCCUUCCUUCCUUCCUUCCUUCCUUCCUUCCUUCCUUCCUUCCUUCCUUCCUUCCUUCCUUCCUUCCUUCCUUCCUUCCUUCCUUCCUUCCUUCCUUCCUUCCUUCCUUCCUCCCUCCCUCCCUCCCUUCCUCCCUCCCUCCCUCCCUCCCUCCCUUCCCCCCUUCCUCCCUUCCUCCCUCCAUAUUCCUUCCACUCAGGAGAAAAUUCCAUGGAAGGAGAAAAUCUCCAACUUUUAAUAAUAAUUUUGAAAUGUUUUCAUUCCUUCUCCCUUCUUGUAAGGAAUUCUACUCCAGUAGUUGCCACACAUACUGCAGGUCAAGCCCAGAUGCGAGACUUUAUGAAAACAGAAACAAAGAAGCUGCACACACUGAAAUAUGUUUGUUUUUAAGACAGAUUUCAAGAUUUGGUGAGAAAAACAUGCCAUACUCAGAAAAGUCUAAUAAACUUGCACUUCUCCAAAGUGCUUUGUAAAUCGAUCUCUCUGUUUUCUUGGACUGGUACUUGUCUCCCAAACAAAAUAGAAAAUAAAAUGUGCUGCAAAGCAGAAAGGGAUUAUACCAUUACCCAGCCAGUUCCCUCCAUAGUCCCAUGAGCUGUUGUCUAGGCAGCAAUAUUGCUGAUCAGGAAUUCAAAAAAUUGGUAGGUUAAUUCAUUAGCAGAAACCUUGGUAUUUGUUUCCAGUUUUUAUACCCUUCUCAUGGCCACACGCUCUACAAUGAAGGAAGUUGUUUUGGCUUCUUGGGAAGGAAAGCUGUUUUUCCAUUGCCUCCUGACCUGCCAUUUACCUUGGCUGAAUGCAGAUAAGCUUGUGGAAAUACUCCAGCUCUGUUGGAAAGAGACAAGAUUUUGUACUUCAGAUUUUCAAGUAUUGCUCCUAAGAUCAAUCAGUUAAAGACUGCUGUUUCCCUACAUCUCCCUCCAGUAUUUUAAAUUUCAAUUAUAUUUUUUUUCUCAAAAUACACAAAAUGUUACAUUUGGGAAUCUCUCCUGUGUCUCAUUAGAUAUGAGACAGGAACAACAUGAAAACUGUAUCUGCUUAAUUAAAAGUGAAAAGUUUAUGUAUUACAGCUGCAGAAACCCUGUGUCACCAUCAUGGAGGCAGGGCUUGUCUUCAGACAGUCUGGAUUUCGUGAGCCUUUUCUUUUGGCUUUUUCAUAAAGUUUUGAAUACAACUUGAUUCUGCCAUGCACUGUCGUGCUGUACUGAGGAGUUGUGUGUAGACGCAUGAUGUAAUGUUUACAUCUAUAUUUACACAUUGUCUGUGGAGAUAAUGUUAAACUGCUAUUUUUUGAUAAUGAGUAUUUUGUGUGCCCAGAGAGCCUCACAAACCCUGGUGAGUGGAACUUUGAACAGUCACACUGAAGUGGAAGCACUGCUACCUUUGUUUUGAAUGUUGGCUUAUUAGGUGAAGUAAGCCUAUUUUGAGCAUCUACCACAUAAAAUUACAUUCUUCAUGCUUUUUAUUGAUGUCACACAACUUCUGUCACCAAAAGAAGUGAAUGAGAAACGUCUGUUAAGCCCAAGCUGUAUUGCUUCCUUGCCCAGAUUUCAUCCUUCUCUUCAUUCAGCAACAGCAGUGAUGGUACAUACACGAGAUCAGAUUAUCCAAGAGUUAUCUAGUGUCCUCCAGCCAGAGGAAUGACAAGCUGAGGACACUGAGAAAUGAGAUGUGACUGGGUUCACACACUUGAACCAAACACUGCAGCUGUUAGACAAAACUGGAUGAAGAGGGAUGCUGCAGUUGCGUGCCUCACGUGUUCAGUCAUCCUUAAAAUAUGGCCUGAGCAGCCAGGCGUGCUGAUGCAGACCAUCCCUUUGACCUAGUAUUCCUGCAGGAAGGAAACAGAGGUGUCCAAUGGCAACAAGAACUGAAAUCACUGAGAGGACCAAGAGUGUUAAGACAGCUCAGGAAAAUGUCACAGAAAGGACAGGUGAUUGGCAGGAGUGCAAGCAGGACACCAGAAUGGGCCAAGAAAUUGUCAUGAAAGUCACACCUGCCACUCCUUAAAAAAAUCCCCAUCAAAUCUUUCUGUGUGGUUUGAGUAAUAAUGCAGGUUGUAUGGAAAGUUUUAAGUGAUACCAAAUUAUUUUGUCCAAGCUUGAGUUUUGCUUUCCUUCUUAUACAUGAGUUUUGUAACUUGUCGUAUUGAGCACACAUUCCCAUCAUCCUUCUUGUUUACAUAAAAUUAAAUGCAAGUUGAUAUACCCUGGCGAGCACUGGGACUGUUGGAAGAAAAAGAGGGAAAGGCAGAGAAGGUACAAAGUCAUUGUUAUUUACAUUAAGUUCUGGAUUUCUUAAUGUCAUUUCUGACUUGUUUCAUUAAUUUAUUUGGAAAUGCCUUCAGCUGAUUGGAGCUUAUGAAUCUCAACACUCAUUUCCUUUGUUGUUUAUAAUUAAUACUUGCAAAUGUUCCAAUAAAGAAAUCACUAAGUGGAGACACAGAAAUGAA